CACCCGUUGUUCGCUCAUUUCGGAAGCUGCGCGCUUGCUAAUCUCUGCAGAAGCAUUUUGCGAGAACAGCUGGUGUAGUGAUAGUGUUUGCCACUGUUUAGGAUUGCUGGACGCACAGAAUCAAAGUUUUUGUCGCGCGAAAUAAGCAGCACGAUGUCCGACGGCCAGGAAACUGUCCCCGAGGGUUGGGAAAAGCGCACCAGCCGGUCUACAGGCAUGACCUAUUAUUUGAACAUCUACACCAAAGAAUCGCAGUGGGAUCUCCCGACUAAGCCGGCGAGUCCUGAGGAAACAACCGAAGUUCAGUGCGCUCACCUGCUGGUGAAACACAAGGACUCCCGGCGGCCAAGCUCUUGGCGGGACGAUAACAUCACUCGUUCCAAAAGUGAAGCCAUCCAAAUCCUCGAAGGGUACAAAAAACAGAUACAAUCGGGCGAAGCGACGCUGCCAGAGUUGGCUCAGAAAUACUCGGACUGCAGUUCCGCCAAACGAGGGGGAGAUUUGGGAAUGUUCAAGCGGGGCAUGAUGCAGAAGCCUUUCGAGGAUGCGUCGUUUGCGCUCAAGGUGGGCGACAUGUCCGACAUAGUCGAUACCGACUCAGGGGUGCAUUUGAUUUUGAGACUUAAGUAAGCAAGUUGUGGCGGUUUGGGAUUUCAAUGGUUACGAAAUAAAAUGGAAAGGUAUCGUUUAAUGUCUAUUAAUAUUAGCAGUUCAGAUUAACAUGUGUUAAAUAUACAGCUAAAGAAAUACAAAACUACAACUUAAGCUUCUCUAUCAAAAGUUUUGCCCCCAUAAAAUUUUGCUUUUUCAAAUCUUUUUUGAGGGAUUUGAGUUUUUGUUGGAUUUGUUUCUGAACGUGUUCAGAAGAGUUUUCAAAUAUCAGCAGCAGCAAGAAGCAUGGUCGAUUUUGCGAAAUCCACAAUUUGACCUGAAACAAUCGCUGAAAUCAAUUAAAAUACACAUUAAGUAUUAUUCUUUGUGUAA